AUGGCAAAUGCGGUGCUGCCUGCUUCCAGCGACUACGACUACCUCUUCCGCAUCCUGCUGAUCGGCGAUUCCGGCGUAGGGAAGUCGUGCCUCCUGAUGCGCUUCGCAGACGACACCUACUCCGACAACUUUGUGGCCACCAUCGGCGUCGACUUCCGUAUCCGGACCAUGCUCCUGGAUGGCAAGAAGGCCAAGGCGCAGAUUUGGGACACCGCGGGCCAGGAGCGAUUUCGCACCAUUUGCGCCAGCUACUACCGAGGCGCACAUGGGAUCAUCGUGACCUUCGACCUCACAGACCGCGAGUCCUUUCACAACGUGCGCCAUUGGUUGGAGGAGAUUGAAAAGUACGCGCAGCCUGGAAUCAAUAGGAUGCUUGUGGGCAACAAGUGCGACAUGGCAUCCAAGCGGGCAGUCACCUACGACGAGGCCCGUGAGCUUGCAGAUGAGCUCGGCUUGCAUUACUUGGAGACCAGUGCCAAACAUGCCCACAACGUCGACGAGGCUUUCACACAGAUGGCCAAGGAGAUCAAGGACCGAGUCUCAACAGAAGUUCCGCCGUCUAGCACCCCGACGAGGAUGAUGUUGGGACCUGCACGCCGAAUCUCCGCAACAAACUGUUGCCAGUAG